UAUUGUUGAUAAAUUUGUUGUUAUUAUUACAUUUACAAACUUCCAUUAGUUUUAUUUAUUAAAAUAUGAUGUUCUUUGUUGUCAUGAUAGUGAUGGGUUGGCAUGCUCUCCGGACUUCUGGCUUUUCUGGAUUUCUUUGACACAUGUUCAUCUUCUUCCUGUGUGGUGUCUUUUGCUUUCUGGGUUGUCCUCAGAAUUCAGAAUUCAGACAGUUACAGUUUAUCAUAAAACAAUUUGGAUUCAGAGUCACAAUUGAGCUCUUAUUGAAAUUUUUUCUCUGUGGAGUUAUUUGUUGGUGGGGAUUCUGUCAGGAAUUCAAUUCCCCAAGUUCACAUGCGCGCUUUUCUCGGAGCCAUCUGUUUUUUAAUUUGGCAAUUGGGUCAGAGUGAAAAAUUGCUUCUUUCAACCAAUUCAGGAUUACUUUGUGAAAAACAGAUUUUCAUGUCUCACAGUCAUCUUUGAAUUCAACUGGUGCAACAAUCCUUGAUAAGAAACCUUGGAAUUUCAUACGCUUCAAAAAUUGCUGCUCUGGUUUUUUGCAAAUUGCUCAUGAUGAUUGUGUCAGAUGAGUUUUAUGUGCUUGGGAUGAUUUAAAAUUCUGGGUUUUGUGGGUUGAAUCUUAAAUGGACGUGCCUCCUUAUUGUAAGCAUUUCAAAGUACUCGGUUGCCACUUGAACUCCUUUGCAUGCAAAUGUGUUGUUUUAGCUUCCAUUGCUCUGAUUCUCAGAGCUGUUCUGCUUCCUACGUUCCAUAGUUUUGGUGGAGCUGAACAGAGCAAGUUGGUCUUCAUCAGUAACCUCCCUUUGUCACUCGGUCAGAAAUUCGGAAUUAGAAAAGAUAAGUUUCUGGAGGUUCCUCAAAUUGUAUGGGGCUUAAACAAUCAAAAGAUUGCGUUUGCAAGAGCUUGUUUAACUGCAAGGUUUCUGAACCGGACUCUUUUGAUGCCUAGCUUGAGUGCUUCCCUGUUUUACAAAGAAGUCGAGCUCUUGGAGCCUAUUUCCUUUGAUAAGGUGUUCCAGUUCAAGAAGUUUAAUUCUCUCUGUAAUGGCUUUGUUCAACUGGGCGAGUUCUCGGAUCUUAGAAACCGAACGGGAGCCUUUGAGCUUCAGAAAGGAAGUGGAAGGAGGUGGACACCUGAGAGAGAUUUGGAUCAGUUGAAACAGCACAAUGAGGAUCCAUAUAAUGAGUUUGAGGUGAUUCGAAUCAUUGGAAAGAACCCCUUUCUGUGGCACGAUCAUUGGCCUGUGAAGGACUAUGCGAAGGUGUUUGAGUGCUUGGUUCUGGUUGAUGAGAUAAUGAAUGAAGCAGAUAAAGUUGUGUCCAGGAUUAGAGAGAUAGGAGCAGCACAAGUGAGAAGCCAGAAUGAGUCUCCACAAAAUGGCAUUAACCGGGCAGAGAAGCCUCUCUUGCAGCCAGUGCCUUAUGUGGCUGUACAUAUGAGGAUAGAGAUAGACUGGAUGAUUCAUUGUAAGAAGCUAGAGCAAAGAUCAAACAUAACCCAAAUUUGUAGCAGCAAGGAGGAGAUCAUGGAGAGAGUGGGCAACAUUGCUGGCCUGAAAACACCGGUCGUUGUUUAUUUAGCUGUAGCUGAUAGUCUUCUUCAUGAUCCAUCUAUUUUGGGUGGCUGGAAGGAAGGCUUGAUUCCUUAUGAGAAGAAGAAAUUGGGGUUUGAAGGGACUUUCAAGAAGUUCCCUUAUCUCAUUCAGUCUGCAAUUGACUAUGAAGUGUGUUUAAGGGCCGAUGUCUUUGUGGGAAACAGUUUCUCCACAUUUUCGAACCUUAUAGUUCUCGAUCGAACACAGAAGCUCAUUAGAAUGGGCGUCACAAGCUCAUGUGGUGUGGAUGUAAGGUGGCCUUCUUAUGCAUACAACAUAUUAGGGGAAGCAAAAGGCCCUCAAAGAUGGAUGACAAACAUGUCUGGCUCAAGUCUGCAAGCAAUUAGCUAUGGCUCCAAUGACAUUUCGUGUUGUGUUGAUCCUUAGUUUUUCCAUUGGUGGACAUGUUCAAGGCUCCACCACUUCUUGUAAUCUACAUCAUCCCGUCCCUCCGGCGCAAUAUUUUCGGUAUAGUUACAAAGUUCUUUUUCCCCUUUUUAGAGAUCGUUAAAAUAGCUGUUGAAUGGAUGUAAAUUUAUUUUUUUUUAUUUCAAAUGUAAGUUCCAUUCUAUUGGUUUUUUCAUCUUGAUGGCAUAUAUUUUUUUCCUCUCCGGGUUGGAUUCUCACUAUUUGUUAGUGAAUGUUACUAUUCUCUUGGCAUGAAUUCUUGUAGGAUAUUGAUUUUAUUGUGUUUGUAAAA